GUGUUGUAUGUGGCCGGGAGCGCCUGGCGCGCCUCCCUGCCCCUCCCCCGGCUAAGAGGCGAAGCGUGGGAACGGGAUGGGGGAGACGCAGCCAGAGGGCGAGUGGCGGCGGCGCGAGCACUGAGCUGGCACCGGGGAAUCGCCACCCACCCACCCAGGCAGCGAGCGAGCUGAGCCUUCCUUUGCCAUUCCUGCCAGCAGCAGCAGCAACAUGAAGCGUGCACACCCGGACUACAGCUCCUCCGACAGCGAGGAGCUGGAUGAGCCCAUCGAAGUGGAGAAGGAAAGUGCGGACGAGAAUGGAAACUUGAGUUCAGCUCCAGGUUCAAUGUCACCAACCACCACUUCCCAGAUCCUGGCAAGGAAAAGACGCAGAGGAAUAAUUGAGAAGCGUCGUCGUGAUCGAAUCAACAACAGCCUAUCAGAGCUGAGGAGGCUGGUGCCCAGUGCCUUUGAGAAGCAGGGAUCUGCCAAACUGGAAAAAGCUGAAAUUCUGCAGAUGACUGUGGAUCAUUUGAAAAUGUUGCACACUGCAGGAGGCAAAGGCUAUUUUGAUGCCCAUGCUCUUGCUAUGGACUAUCGGAGUCUAGGCUUUCGAGAGUGCUUGGCUGAAGUAGCCCGCUACCUUAGCAUUAUUGAGGGUCUGGACUCUUCUGAUCCGCUUCGUGUGCGCCUUGUGUCUCACCUGAAUAAUUAUGCCUCUCAACGGGAAGUAGCAAGCAGUUCGCACACUGCGCUUGGACACAUUCCUUGGGGCAAUGCCUUUGGACAUCACCCGCAUAUCUCCCAUCAAUUACUACUGCCUCAGAAUGGGCACACUGCUACUAACGGUGCAACGACAUCCACGGAAGCCCAUCACCAGAGCAGAAUCUCUGCUCCUCAUGCUGAAUCAUCUUCACUGAGAGUGCCCCCUAAUGGCAGCAUUGGACCAGUGCUUCCUGUAGUCACCUCAGCUUCUAAACUCUCUCCUCCCUUGCUGUCUUCCAUGGCCUCCUUGUCUGCAUUCCCCUUUUCCUUCAGUUCAUUCCACCUGUUGUCUCCCAAUGCCCUCAGUUCGUCUACACCAGCGACGUCAGCCAGCCUUGGCAAACCCUACAGACCAUGGGGAACUGAAAUUGGUGCUUUUUAAGAACUAGCAAAGGGCAGAGAAGAGUGUAAAUAUCCAGCUGAGCUGGGGAGUUUCCAACUUCUGUUUUAAAACUUUUUAAUAGGUUGAGAUAAAAGGUACAGUUUCAGUUUUAACAAAGCUUAUACAAAAAGAGUGCCCCCCUGCUUAAAUUCUGUACUAGAAACCUUUUAAAAAUAAUUGAUGAAAGUUUAUUCAAAUCUUUAAAUCACUCUAGAUGUUACUUUUAAAAUAGAAUUGUGCUGAAUAUUUCAUUUAUUUCUGAAGGUUUUUUUAAUAAUUCCAUUUUUUUCUGAGAACACUGGAUUGCUUUAUUUUUUAAAGUAGAUUUUUUUAGGAACUUGUAACUUUCUCUAGCUUUUCAAAAUCACUUUUUUGCAGCCUUAAAACACUUUUUGUUCUGUUUGUAUGUGAUGUUGAAAUGUUCUGCAAGGAGAAAAUCAUUUAUAAACUUAUGUUGUGACUCUUUUAUAUUUCUGAGCAAAAGCGUUGACAAAUCAGAUGGACCAAAAAGAAACUUGUGACUGCUGCACCUGGUCAGUCUGCCUUAUGGGUUGGUUUCGCUCCCCAAGAGGGAUAUCCCAUAACUUAAAAAACAAGUGUCAAAUGUUGAUUCUUCUCCCCCACUCCAGCAAGUAUUCACAAGAAAGGUUACAGACUAAAUGCCCUUAUGUGCUCCUUUGGACUUUGUGUGCCUUUUUUAAAAAAUUAGAGCUUUUGUGUGGAUUAAGUUAGGUUUUAGGUUGAAAAGUGCACGUUGCCUGCGUUAUUUCUGUUUUAUAGAGGCCGCUCCUUUGGACUAGGUGUUGCAUACAUCAUCAUUUGAAUUUGCUGUAGGAAAGAUUGUGAGGUUUCAACCCAAACAGAGUUACACACUUCUAAGUCCAUUGAAGUCAGUGUGCCUGGACUAGAGAUGCCAGGCCUCUUGGCAUCCAAGCUCAUUGGCAGCUGUUGCUUCAGGCACUGGCAGGAGGAAAUGGCGAGGGGAGAGAGUGUUUGUGUGCCAGCACACUUAUUCCACUUCACGUAAAAAUUGCAAGGGGUAUGGUAGACCUUUUGUAAAUGCUAAAACAUCUAAGUCUGUCACUUUCCCCCCCCUGCCUUUGUGCCAAUGCUGUCACACCACAAUCCUUUCCCCAUUUCUUCCCGGGAUUCACUGCCUGUGGUCAGGCAGCCCUAGUUCAGAAGGAUGUGCUGUACUGUUUUCUGCUUUAUGAGUGAACCUGAGCCUCGUCAGUAUUCUUCAGAUUGUCGCCUGGUCAUCCUAUUGUUAGAAACGUUAUCUUCUAGUAGGCUGCAAGGCCAUGAUGGUGUAGUGACUACAGAAUCUGGUCACUAACAGAAUUUGAUGGUGGCCGUCAGAGCAAGCUUCAUCAUUGCAGGAAAAAAUGGAAAAGUGAGCUAGGAGAAACUAAAGGGCUUCCAGCAGCUGAAUGCAAUUGGAAUAAUCUCUUAACUCUACCCAGCUCAUCCCAUUCAUAUUUCUUGGCCCAACACAUCUGUUACCCUAUAAUGUUCUAUGGCUUACAUAUCGUUUCUCUAGUGCUUUUUAAAGUAAUAGCACAGGGCAGAGAGAAGUAUAACUAUCUAGCUGAGCUGGGGAGCUUCCUGAAAGAAAGAAAAAACCUGUAAAGGAAGAAGUGGCUAAUUUUGUGUUCAAAAAUAAAACCAAAAUAAUGAAUCAGUCAUUUCAACAUAUUGUUACUGGCCUAAAUCUGUGCAUUAUUUCUCUUUUGUAAUACCUGUUACAUCACAGACUUUGGGGUUUAGUAGGGCAGAAUUCUGACACACCCACUGAUAGAUGGGCAUAUAUCCGUUUACAGACACAGAUGAGACCUAUGUUAAUGACUAGUUUCACAGAAGUAGCUGUGUCAAACUGUUGCAGUCAAUGCAACAGAGAGUCUUGGGGGUACUUUAAGGCUAAUUGAAAAUGUGGGCUCAAUAUAGCAUGGAAAUGGCCAGAUCAGUAUGGAGAGUCUCUCCUGGCAGGUUACUGUAUGCUGUUCUUGUUGCUCAGUUGACAAUCUGUUGGGAAUGGGUCGCUGAAUUUCUGAUUAGAUUGCUUUCUUUUUUGAUGAGAUCUUGUUCCAUUUGUGAUCUCGAAUCGUAAUGCCACUUUUUGGGAUUGCAAGGUCUCCCAGCCUUAUUUUGGAUUACCCCAUCCUUGCGCUCUUUUUCUAUUUGAACCCAUACAUAUAUUUCUGCCAAGUAACUGAUGGCUGUACUUAAUCCAUUCGAAGAAAUGGGCUUUGACAUCUGAAAUCUUAUGCCACAAUGUAUUUAGUACACUUAGAAUGCCCCAGGCUUAUUUUAGUACACAUACCUAUCAUGCAGAUAGUACUUACUGACACUUUCACUUUAUUCAGAGUAACAUGGAGGGGAUUCCUCAGAUUGAAAAGGUCUAUUUUGUGUAUAUUUUGGGUUGAUCUCUUAAGACUCAUCUCUGCAAAGGUUGUUUCACAAUAGCCACACUGAAGUGGCUUCCGCCAAAUUGGACUUCUGUAUUUGUGUUGUGCCUAAAUAAAUGAAUAAGAGCAACAAAUGUUGCAUGGCAGAUCUCUCUAGUUUGGCAGAAGGGAAAAGUUAUGCUUUCAAAAGGUUAUGCUCUAGACUAUCAGAUUUUUGUGUGUGUAUUGCCUUAAAUGUAACGCUUUUCAGUAAAUGUAUCUUGCUAUGUUUUACUGUGUUUUUUCCCAGAUUGUUUUUUGAAGUGUAUCUUGUAAAGCCAUAUUUCAAAUGGAGCCUUAGGAAUCAAUUCAAGACUUGUUUGAAUUAUCUGUAGGAGGUAAGAGUGUUUGAAUCCUAAAAGCGAAACAGCUUCCAUGAUUUGGAUUUUAAAACAACCUCAUUAGAGCAGAAAUAAUACUUUUCUGCUAACUUAUGAGUUUUCUCCAGAGACAAUCACCAAACUGCUCCUGUGAUAUUUAAAAGCUGCAGAAAACAAAUUCAAGGUGCACAGUUUUGUUGUAAUAGCUUUAUUACAUUAAAAAGCAAAUUUCUAAUUUU